AUGAAUCCGUCAACAUCGACUACAUCUUCUGGUAAAGGUGGUGCUGGUCCAUUGUACCGCAUACCACCCUACUAUUAUAUUCAUGUUUUGGAUCAGAAUACAAACGUCACACGACUUGAAGUUGGUCCUAAAACAUUCAUUAAACAAGACAAUGAAACAGUUACGGUCGGACCAGAAAAAAUGAUUACAGUACCGCCGCGUCACUAUUGCGUCGUUGAAUCACCUGUCAUACGCAAUGACGCAGGACAAGUUCAAUUCGAUGCUAAUGGUCAAGCUAAACUUGUUCAUGCUGAUUUGGAUAUUCGUCUUACACAAACUGAUCAAGCACCGUUUCCACUUUAUCCAGGCGAAGUUCUUCGUCAGCCAGUUACGCCACUUAAAGUCGUGCCAGCUAAUUCAGCUUUACGCUUAAAGGCUGUACUCGACUUCGACGAUGAUACAGCAAAAGAACAGCGUCGCGCUGGUGAUGAAUGGCUAUUUGAAGGACCAGGCACUUACAUUCCACGAAAAGAAGUUAGUGUAGAAGAACAAAUUCGUGCCACGGUCAUUAACUCGAAUCAAGCGAUUCGAUUGUGUGCUAAAAAAGAAAUCAUCGAUCGAACAGGUCAACGACGUGUCACCGGCGAAGAAUGGCUAAUAAAAAAAACCGGUGCUUAUCUACCACUUGCCUAUGAAACUGUUAUGUCGGUUGAAAAUGCUCAUGUAUUAACAGAUAAAAAAGCAUUACAUCUUCGUGCUCUGAAAACAUUUACGGAUGAUUUUGGUAAAAAUCGUAUGAAUGGAGAAGAAUGGCUUGUAACUCUCAAAGAUACUGAAAGUCAUACACUCAAUGUUUAUGAAGAGUUAGUGGCUUUAGUUGGUGUAAUAACACUUAAUUCACGGCAAUAUUGCGUUGUUCUUGAUCCAGUUCAAGACGGAAAACCGCAAUUGGGAAAAAAGAGACUUAUUGUUGGUGAAAAAUCAUUCUUUCUUCAACCGGGUGAAAAACUUGAAAAUGGUAUUCAAGAUGUGUAUAUAUUGGGUGAAGAUGAAGGUGUUAUUCUUAAAUGUAUCGAAGCAUUUACCGAUGAACAAGCUUGUGUUGAAAGAAAUCCCGGUGACAGAUGGAUGAUUCGCGGGCCAAAUGAAUAUAUUCCUCCGACACAAGUUGAAGUUGUUACACGUCGGAAAGCAAUGCCUUUAGAUGAAAACGAAGGUAUCUAUGUUCGUGAUAUCAAAACCGGUCGUGUACGAGCUGUUGUUGGUGAAACUUAUAUGCUCACACAAAAUGAAGAACUCUGGCAAAAGGAAUUACCUAAACAAGUUGAAGAAUUACUUUCUCGUGACCCGCUAGCCGAACGAAAUGUUCCAACACGUAAUCAAGGUGCAGAUAAAACUCAACAACAAGCAACUACGACAACACAAACAAGUUCAAAAGCAAGCGCAACUCAACGUGAUAAAUCGAAAUUAGUUGCGUAUCGUGUGCCACACAAUGCCGCUGUACAGAUUUAUGAUUAUAAGGCUAAAAAAGCACGUAUUAUCUUUGGUCCUGAACUUGUUAUGCUUGGCCCAGAAGAACAUUUUACAUUACUUUCAUUGAGUGGUUCUGUACCAAAAAAACCAAACCAAAUUCAAACACUCUGUUUACUUCUUGGUCCUGAUUUCUUUACCGAUGUUAUUGUUAUUGAAACAGCCGAUCAUGCUCGUCUUUCACUUCAAUUAUCUUACAACUGGCAUUUCAAUGUUAACGACACUAAAGAUGAAAAAGAAGCUGCUAAACUUUUUUCAGUACCCGAUUUUGUUGGCGAUGCAGCUAAAGCUAUUGCAUCGCGUAUUCGAGGUGCUGUUGCUGGAACUCAAUUCGAUGAUUUCCAUAAGAAUUCAGCUCAUAUUAUUCGUGCAGCUGUAUUUGGCCUUGAUGCGAAUCAACGUACACGAGAUGAAUUCAUUUUCCCGCAAAAUAAUCUCGUUAUUACAUCGAUUGAUAUUCAAAGUGUCGAACCUGUUGAUCAACGAACACGUGAUGCACUUCAGAAGAGUGUUCAAUUAGCUAUUGAAAUUACAACAAAUUCACAAGAAGCUGCAGCUAAACAUGAAGCGUCCCGUCGAGAACAAGAAGCGAAAGGUUUACUCGAACGUCAACGCAUAAAAGAUGAAGCUGAAGCUGAAGAAGUUCGACGACAACUUCUUGAAUUACAAGCUGAAUCAGCUGCUGUUGAAGUCAGCGGUCAUGCUAAAGCUGAAGCACAAAGUCGAGCUGAAUCAGCUCUCAUUGAAGGCAAAGCUGCCGUUGAACAAGCUCGUCUCAAAGCCGAUGCGACACGUAUUGAAGCGGAGGCUGAAUUGGAACGUUUGAAAUUAGCACGCGAAGCUGAAAUCAAAUAUUUACGUGAACAAAAUGAAUUAGAAAUCACGAAAAAAGCUGAAAUGUCAAGAAUUGAAACCGAUAAAUUCAAAUUGCAAGUUGAAUCGAUUGGCGCAUCAACCAUACAAGCUAUUGCUACGUCUGGUCCAGAUACACAAGUUAAACUUUUACAAGCACUUGGUCUUCAAUCAAUGUUGGUUACCGAUGGCCAUUCACCAAUCAAUCUUAUGGGAUUCGGACAAGGUCUUCUAGGCGGUAUGACCGGAAAUACGAAUCAAAAACCACGUACAUUGACUGCAGCUUCGAGCAAUUACCAUGUCGACGAACAUGAAUAG